AGCACAGCAGCGCACAUCGGUGUGCCGCAUAGAAGCGCAGCGUACAGUGCACUCGCAGCUAUCCAUCCGUACAGUUGGAUGUCACCGGCAACGGCAAUCAUUAGCAAGACGAAAGCGUUAAUAAAAAGAAGUUGUGUAGAAGCAGACGAAGAAGAAGACUCAACUUCAACAGAAGUCAACAGAAAUACGACGUGUGAUCUUGAUCUUGAUCUUCUAUCAUUGAAUUCAGCACAGAGACAACAGAAGAUACAGCCGCAACCGUCAACGGUGCUGCUAUUGCUACGGUUUUACUUGUGAAUCGAACUCAGCCUUAUUACAAACUUUUUUCUCUAAAUAAAAAACUGUGUCUUACUGUGAAUGCGCCGACAUAUUCCUAUCAGACAAUAUCAAAUGAAACUCGUGAUUAAUUCUGAUAUUGAUGCUAAUCGCAGUUAAGUGUUAUUGUGUUAGUGGCGUUAUUAUCUGCAACAUGUUUAUGCAAAUACGUGAGUAGGUAAAUAUUGCAGUGAUUUGAUUCAACUGAAGCAAAAUGAAAUGUAAAAAUAAACAAACUGAAGCGCAGUAGAAAAAAAGUCUCACACAAACAAAACAAAAAAAAAAAAAAACAAAUAAAAAAAAGGUGCAGCGUAACUAGCCAACAAUAUAGAAAACGAUAACAAAAACAAAAAUAAACAAAGGUGACUUACAAACAUAGAAACUUUGUAUAAAAAGAGAUUAGAAAAGAGAAAACACUAUUUAAUACUUCGAUCUUUGGAAGUUAUAUACAUACAUACACACAUAGCGGCACAAUGACGGCGCAUGAGCAACCGAUUAGCUACUUAGACAGCAUCCUGAACGAGGAGGAGUCACGCUGCGAAUACAGUCAUCAGUGGCGCAAUUUCACAAUCUCACGUUCGGGCCGUUUCAAGUCGAAAAAUCGUAAGCGCGACGUUGUUGAUGGUAAACUAUUCGAUGCGGGCAAUGCGCCCAAUGUGAUGUCGGCAUCGACCAAGUCGUCGUCGGCUGCUGCCGCUACGGGUCAUAGUCGUGUCAUGACGUCCGCCACCAUGAAUCCACAUUACAAGCAGGAGCCGGAUAAGAACAAUUACCGCCAACCCUCAGCCAUGUCAAGCAAACUAUUUUCGUCGCAGUCCAAUCCAUCAGCCUCCGCUAAUUCAAAUGCAAGAAAUGCGAUGAUGCGUGAGAAGACAGAGAGUUACAAAAGUUACUAUGAAACGAAUUUAUAGAUGCCACUCGCAAAUAGCACGAAAAACUAUAUAUUUUUAUGUAUAAUAUAAAUUUUUUAAAUUAAACUUUAUUGUGAAAGACAUGUGUAAACACUACUUUUAUAACGUAUUUAGCUUUUAACAACAUAUUCUUAUAUUUUAGCAUGGAGAAAAUAACUUUAUUUUUUUUUUUUGAAUAAUUUGGUUUGCUAAAUUAAGUGCUUUGUAGUUAAUGCUAUAAAAAGUAAAUAAGAUUCUAAGAAAUGUCGAACACGACGCUUUUACCUAUAGUUAAAUUAAGCAACCAUAAAAACAACACUAUAUGACAUUUUGCUGUUCGUUAGAUUUUCAAGUCUUGAUUGUGUGCUAGCAUUUUAAAUGGAAAGCUGUCGUUGUAAAAAUAAUUUAUAACUUUCAACAGCAUCGCUCACCAACGAAAAUAUGCGAAUCGACUAAUCGUACGCAUGUUACAGUAGUGUGUGUUUAAUUGCCGCAAAUUUUCUUCUAUUUUUGUAUAAAAAAACAUACAUAUAUACAUUUAUAUAACAAGAAAGGCAUUAGCCCAAACACUUGCCCAAGACUUUUUGGAAUAGCAUACGAUUUAGUACUAAGCGCAGAUAUUCAAUUUACUUAAAUAUACAAAUGUAUGCACUAAUAACACAUUUAAUCAUGUUUUCCUUUUAAAGUUUUUAUAAUGUAUAAUUUUUGUAUCGUAAAGUAUUAAAACGUGAUAGUUACAAACUUAUUAGACAGUAAGUGAUUUGUUUUUAGAAAAAUAUUAAAUUUAUGAAUGCCUAUGUUUAUGUAAAGAUACAAAUUGAAGAAUUUUCAAUUUAAAAAAAAUUGAAGGAAAUUAUAAACUAUUACAUGCCAAAUAAAAAUUUCAACUUGAUUAAAGAGAAUUAAUAAAAUAUUCGUGCUUAAUCGUUGUUGUCCUAUACACUGACAGAAUUAAGGCCGGCGGGCCAAUUAAAA